AUGCAAAAAAACAAGAGUAUCCAAUAUUCAUUUCGUGCAAGAAAUGCUACUAUAUUACUCCAGGAAGAUGUGAGCGAGUCACAACGAAUCAGCAGGAUCUUUUGCAGAGUUAUUACCAGUCAUUCACGAUGCUCUCGAAAUAUUAUACGUAAGGACCAGUUGCAGAGGCCUAGAACCUCAGCCCAGGCAAGAACCUCUCCCAUGGCGCACCCUGCCAUCCUCCUCCUGGCGCUCCUCCUCCUCCUUGCUUCCCCCGCCAUUUCAUCCACCAAGAGAACCCAGCAGCCAAAGUUCCCGGCCAUCUUCUACUUCGGCGACUCCAUCUUCGACACCGGCAACAACAACCACAUCCCGACUCUGGGCCUGGCGAACCACCCACCAUACGGGAGGGACUUCCCGGGGAGCAGGCCGACGGGGAGGUUCUCCAAUGGCCGGCUCGUACCGGACCUCCUCAACGAGAGGCUGCAGCUCAAGGAGUUCGCGCCGCCGUUCCUGGACAGAAGCCUGUCCGACAAGGACAUCAUGACGGGGGUGAACUUCGCGUCGGCCGGGUCCGGGUUCGAUGACCGGACGUCGCACCUGGCCAACACCAUGCCAUUGUCGGCGCAGGUGGACCUCUUCAGGGACGAGUACCUUCCUCGCCUCAGGAGCAUCGCCGGGGACAAGGAGGCUGCCAGGAUCAUUGCCAGCUCUCUGAUGUUCAUCAACGCGGGAACCAAUGAUUUUACUCAUUACUACCGUUCAUCGAGGAGGAGGCUGGGCAUUGGUGAAUACCAAGAUACUGUGCUCCAGUUGGUGCGUGCUCAUGUCAAGGAGCUGUAUAACCUCGGGGGGCGGCAGUUCAUCUUGGCAGGUCUUCCUCCAUUUGGCUGCAUACCCUUGCAGAUCACAUUGAGUGGAGACCUUGAGAGGGGCUGUGUCGAUGAGCAGAACAGUGAGGCCCAGGUCUACAACUCCAAACUUCAGAAGUUGAUUCCAACAUUACAAGGCUCACUCAGAGGAAGCAAAAUUGUGUACUUGAACGCCUACGAAGCUUUGACGGUGAUCCUUCAGGGCACCAAUAAAUAUGGAUUUACAGAGACAACACUGGGAUGUUGUGGGACUGGGCUCACAGAGGUCGGAAUACUUUGCAACAGAUUUACCCCUAUCUGCAGGAAUGCGUCAUCCUAUGUAUUUUAUGAUGCGGUGCACCCAACAGAGAGGGUUUAUAGGAUAGCAACCGAUUACAUAGUGAAAAAUGUAAUUCCACAGUUUUAA